AUGGCGGAUGAGAAGUCCAAAGCGUUCCCAGACCUCUCAUCGAAACUGUCUGCACCCCCCAAGAAGUCGCUAUUCGAACGCCAGAAAGCCGAAGCCGAAGCCAAACGCGCCCGCGAACGCGCCGAGACCGCCGCGGUUUACGAGGACUUUGUCAAGUCAUUUGAAGACAAUGCACCGCCCGCAGAGCGCCCAGGUUUUGACGGACCACAGAACAGACCGGGGAACAGGAACAUUGGCUUUGGAGGAGGCCCUGCGAAGCGGCAUUUCACGAGCUCUGGGCCGCGCGUGAGCGGUCCUGGGACUCUAGGGCCAGCUCCCCCCUCGGUGUCUCGCAAACGAAACUACGACGGACUUCCACAGUUUAAUCGAAACCGGGAUCAUAAUCGAGGGACGCUAGGGUUUGACGAUUCUACAAUUGGCUCAAGCACGGCAUCCGCAUUUCGCGCAACAGAUGAUGACGAUCAGGGAGCAGUCGAUACUAAAGAAGCUGAGAGGGCCGCGGCUAAACCGACAUUAUAUCUUGCUUCUCUCCCGCCUGGGACAUCUCAAUUCGUGGUCAAGUCAUUGAUACCCAAAGUGCUUGCUGUGGACAAUGUCAAAUUCCUACGGCCGUCAAGCCAAACCGCCACGGAUAGAAAGUCUGUAUCGGCCAUUGUGACCCUCGCCAGUGAGUCCGCUGCCUCGGAUAUCGAUAGCUCAGUCAGUGCUCUUCAGGGCCGGUACCUAGGGUGGGGGUACUAUUUGUCUAUUUCAAGGCAUUUGUCCUCCGCUGCGAUAGGUUCAACUUUGCCAGUCGGCCCCUCGUCUACAGGCCCUCUCCCAUUUGGCGCAAGGUCAAUCGUACCGGAGCUUGGGGGCCGACUAAACCGUGCUCCGCCCCCUGGCUUGCAUCGAGGUGGUUUUGCUCCUCCGAGCUCUUACGGGACGGCCUACAACAGCAACAGCCCUACGACACUAGUGGAAGUGAAAGCACCAUCUGACCUGAAACAAUUGAAGUUGGUACACAAGACUUUGGAAAAUCUACUCAAUUUUGGACCAGAGUUCGAGGCGCUUCUUAUGACUCGACAGGAAGUGCAAAGAGAGGAGAAGUGGGCGUGGUUGUGGGAUGCAAGAAGCCCUGGUGGUGUCUACUAUCGAUGGAAGCUCUGGGAUAUAAUCACAAAUGGACGUCCCAAAGGAUCACAACGAGGGAGACUACCGAAUUCCACGCCUGUCUUUGAAGGCGGUGCAAACUGGGCUCCGCCGGAAGCAAGCCUUGCAUUCGAAUAUACUACUCGUUUAGACGAAAUUGUGUCUGACGAGGACUAUGAUUCGUCGGACGAGGACAUGUCUGAUGGGGAGGAUGAGCGGCGGCACAACGCAGGAGCGCCUUCAACCGACGCAACCAGCGCUGGCAAUGAAGGAUUAGGCCAUUUAAAUCCAUUGAAGAAGGCGAAACUGGCUCAUUUACUUGCCAGGCUCCCGACAACGCAUGCAAAGUUACGCAAGGGGGAUGUGGCACGGGUAACUGCAUUCGCCAUCAAGCAUGCAGGGGCAGGGGCCGAUGAAGUGGUAGAUAUGAUUGUGUCUAACAUCCUUGAGCCCUACGCUUACACCGGGGCAAACCCCGACCGUGAAUUGGAAAAGGGACUUGCCCGCAAAGAACAGACUGGCGAUGAUUCUAUUGCGGCUCGAACGGAUGAGGGGGGAAAGGAAAAGUUGGAUACGUCCUCGGCAAAGCUAGUUGGCCUAUACUUGGUGUCUGAUAUCCUCUCUUCAUCCGCCACUAGCGGAGUGCGCCAUGCCUGGCGGUACAGGCAGCUGUUUGAGUCAGCUUUAAAAGCGCAGCAAGUAUUCGAACAUCUCGGACGACUCGAAAAGGAGCUCAACUGGGGCCGGCUGAGGGCGGAGAAAUGGAAGCGCAGCGUUGGCUCCCUCCUACACCUAUGGGAGGGAUGGUGUGUCUUCCCUCAAUCGAGCCAGGAGCAUCUCUUUCAAGUGUUUGAAAAGCCGCCACUUACGGAGGAGGAGUUGCGAGAGGAGAAGGAGAAGGCUGCGGCCGAUCAGGCAGCUGCGGCUGCAUUUUCUAAGAACAAAAGCCGCUGGAAGGCUGUGGAUGAAGACCCAUCGGCUGCCCGAUUUGAUCCAAGCCGCCCCCCCGAAACGAAAGCGACACCAAUGGACGUCAACCAGGAUGUAGGUUAUAUGGAGCUGGAUGGCGUGUCUAUAAGCGAUAUCGACGGUGAGCCGAUGGAAGACAGCGAUUUAGAAUUCUCUGGAUUGGAAGGAGAUGAAGAAGAGAGUGGCAAAACACUGGAACAGGAAAACAAAUCUGAAGAGCCGCCGACUGAGAACCCACCAGAGACCCUAGCCGUGCAUGCUCGCAAGCCGCGGCCGCGAGCGGAGGAUAUGUUUGCAGACUCUGACUCAGAUCGAUAG